CGGGCCAGCGCCAUCAGUUGCUCGUCACAUGUUCGACACUCAAGUAGACCAAGAGCCCAGGGAGCAGUACAGUGCCAAACUAAAUCCGAUCGAACGCUGAGCAACCGUUAGACGACAGACUAUCGAAUAUAGCAACUCACUAACAGUUAGACUGACAGACAAUUCUUUACCCACCCAAUCGAUUAUAGCACUGUAUAGCCAGGUGCAAGUGCAACUUUUAUCAGCCCUUUUUGCUGUCAACUCAAAUCAAAUUGAAAACCACAUUCUCGAAGCUUUUCGGCAAGCUUCCGCCAACCGAUCGAAACGCGUGGUCUGAAAAAAGAAAAAAAACGAAGAAAAUAAAGCAAAAAGCAAGCGAAGAAAGUGAAAUUGAAAUUAAAAAUCAAAAAUCGAAAAGUUGGGAGUUAAGUGAGCGAACGCGUGUGUUUGUGUUAGUGAGUGUUUCUCAGUGUGUGCUUGUGUGUGUGUCUAGUGCAACGGUAUAUUAAAAAAAAUUCACCAAAACUAACGGUAGCCGAGCAAUUAAAGGGUUACUUGUCAGAAUUCAAGCAAAAAUAAAAACGAAAGUUUUGGCUUGUUACUUUGCCGUAAUAAUCCAAAAUCAAAAUCAAACCCAAAUACCGAAAUAUACCGAUCGCCAUCCUGGCCCGCCCGUUGUUUUUAGUGUGAGGGCGCUCUGCCAGCGGUUCGCCGGAACGUCAAACUCCACCCACACCCUGCUGCCCGUCGUCGAUAGCAUACCGAUAUCAAUAGCCGAUAGACAAAACAUCGAUACCCCGAUAAAAAUAGACCGCGAUAGCAGCUUGCUGUAUUUAACUUUUUGAUUAAAAAUUCAGCAUUCAGUGUGAUCUACUGUACAAAAAAAAAGUUUAAACCAAUAUAAAUUCUGUUCGGUUUUAAUCCUUAAAAAAAGAAAAAACCAGCGGCAUCUAUCCUAACGAUAGACGUACUCCGUGGAUUUUGGAUAAUGAGCGACUAGGCACGAGCUGUCCGAAUUGUUCAGGGGUAGCAAAAACGAAGAACAGCAAUUUCGCCAAAAGAAAAAACGAAGACGCAGUUGAGAAAAAGUGUUAGCAAGUGAGAAACAACAUUAAUGAAUUUCGUGAUUAAAAACAUUUCAAAAGGUGUACAACAAAAGCUCAUUUAAUAUAAAAAUAAGAAGAACGCAAGCGAAAUAUACAAAAUAUAAAAUCGCGGCGCGCCAACAACAAAACGUGGCACAAACUAAAAACAAAAAAAAAGAAAUAAAAGCUCAACGAAAACGAGAGCGAAUGCCCGCGCGCGAGUGAGAUAGCAGAUAAGCAGAGACAGUUGUGUGAGAGAGAGUGGUAAGCGAGAGCGACAACAACAAAACACAGGCGCAAGUAGAAGCCAAAAGCCAAUUGCGCACGGAACGUAGAACGAAGAAAACUAACUUACGGAACUCUAGAAGUGCAGCGCGGAUAACGGUUAAAAAGUUCGAAAACAGAGAGGCAGGGAAGAUGGUAAACAAGGUGAAUGCCAAGAAGGCGGACAAGGACAAGGAGAGGCAGCGAGAGGGAAUGUUGCCGGCGGCGGGCAACAACUGUGACAGCAGCAACAAAAGCAACAUUGAAAACAGCAGUAACCUUAGCAACAUAAACAACAACAAAACGAGUAAUAAACCAGCAACAAACAACAAAGGUCUGAAUACCAAGUCCAACAACAACAAAAAGAAUGCAGGCAAAGGACAACAGCAACAACAGCAGCAGCAACGCAGCAGCAAGAAAGCCAAGCCGCAGCGGCAACAGAUAUUCCUGCAAUCGCUGCCACGUGACAGUAGCAACUACAGAAGCAACAAUUAUAGGAACAACAUCACCCUAACUAGCAACAGUAGCAGCAACAGCAGCAGUAGCAAAAGCAGUAACUAUAGCAGCAACAGCAGCAGCAACAGCAACACAUUAGACACACCGGCAACAUUCGACAGUGGAGUGGGCAAAAUAAAUCCCGCUGAACUGCUAACGGCCGCAUUGGCCGUGCCCUGUGCCAAAUGCUCCAAGCCAUCGAUGAUCUCCAGUCUGACCACCGCCACAUCCUCCGUUUCUGUUUCCGCCUCAUCCUCCUCCGCCUCCUCGUCGUCGUCAACCAGUUCCGGAUCGGAGACCGCCAGCAAUCACAGCGAUCUCAACUAUCCGGAACCGGUUGCCUACUCCGGCAAACAGUAUCGCAAAUCGAAGUCCUACAUGGGUGUAUCCCAGUACAACAGUUCAACAAAUAGCUAUCAAUCGGGUCGGGCGCCCAAUACCGCUGGCGGUGGUAACGGCAAUCAUGUGGCCUACAGACGCUCCCAUAGCGAUCGACGAAACUCGUUCGAUCGCAGCUUCGCCGACAGGAAUCGCGACUUUGUGCCCAUAGUGCCGCCGCCGCGUCCCGUCUUGUCCUCAUCCAACAUCGCCGGAGUCAUGGCCAGUUCGACCAAGCUGACGAUCAUAGAGCGGUUCGGCAAAGGACGUGUCGCGUAUCCCAUAAUGCAGUGCGGGACACUAGACGGAGCCGAACCGUUGUAUCAUCAACAGCGCAGCAACAGAAUGGACGUCUACCAGAUCGACGAUGGAUUCCACUCGGACGGUGGCACUGAGACACCGCCGCCGUCGCCCAGUUCCGGGUCAUCGAUCGCCUCGACAUCGGACCAUGGAUCACUGGAGAGCGUCGACACUGGCGGGACACAGCGGCUGGCCGUGCUAUCAUUCGAGCAGGUGAGCAAGCUGCACGACGUCAUGGACGAGAAGGUGGCCAUCCAUGGGCGUGGUAACUUUCCCACGCUGGAGGUGACGCUCAAGGAUCUGGUCAAUCUGGUGCGCCGCAAGCUGGAGGCGGAGGUGAACGCCGGCGGCGCCGGGGUGUUAGUUAAGGACAUCCGUCUCAAUGGCGGGGCAGCUAGUCAUGUUUUAGCCAGCGAGGAUCAGCCGUACAAUGACCUGGACCUGAUAUUCGCCAUCGAGUUGAGUUCGCCACGUGUCUUUGAUCGUGUCAAGGUGGCGGUGCUCAAUACCCUAUUGGACCUGAUGCCCGAGGGCGUGUGCAAGCGCCGGAUCUACACGGGCUCCCUGAAGGAGGCCUAUGUGGGCAAGAUGGUGAAGGUGAACAAUAACAAUGACGGCGACCGCUGGUCGCUUAUCUCGCUGGGCAACUCGCCGGGCCACAAGAACGUCGAGCUGAAGUUCGUGGACUCGAUGAGGCGCCAGUUCGAGUUCUCGGUGGACUCGUUCCAGAUUGUGCUGGACUCACUGCUGCUCUUCUACGACUGCGCCGCUCUGCCCAUCUCGGAGAACUUCUAUCCGACGGUGGUCGGCGAGUCGGUCUACGGGGACUUCCAGGAGGCACUCUACCACUUGCAAAAGAAACUGAUCUCAACGCGUCAGCCGGAGGAGAUACGAGGCGGCGGCCUGCUCAAGUACUGCAAUCUAUUGGUGCGCAACUACAAGGCCGUCGACUCGCAGCUCAUCAAGACCCUGGAGCGCUACAUGUGCUCGCGCUUCUUCAUCGAUUUCCCGGACAUCAAUACGCAAACCACCAAACUGGAGGCUUACUUGCGUAACCAUUUCUGGGGCGUCGAUGAGGAACCGCUGCAGUAUCAGUACCUGAUGCAUUUACGCGAGGUGGUCGAGAUGUCGACAGUCUGCCUAAUGGGCCACGAGCGGCGCCAGACGCUCCACCUUAUCCAGUCGCUGGCAGCCCAGGUGCUCUUCAACAAGCAGGAGAAGCAGCAGCAGCAGCAUGCCCAGCAGCAGUACCAACAGCAACAGCAGCAACAUCAUCAGCAACACCAGCAUCAGCAGCACCACCAACGUCAGCAUCAGUUCCUGGAUCCAGCGCAGCAGCAACAGCAGCAGCAGCAGCAGCAACAAUCACAGACGCAACAGCCACAGCCGCAGCAGGCGGGCACCCUGACAUUGGUCUCGCAGGCACCGCCAACGGGCCAGGCGCAGACCAUCUAUGUGCAACAGGCUGCCCCAGCCACCGUGUGCUGCACAAGCAGUGCGGAUCAGUCGGCGACAGCAGCUCCACAGACCAUACAGAUACAGGCCGGUCCGCCGGGACUCAUCUAUGCCAAUGGCGUCUACUAUGCACCUGUGAUCCCCAGCACCAUCUGCACGUGCAACUCCACCUGGCUGAGCACGUGAUUG